AUUGACCACCUGGGCAGUGCUCCUUAUCCUCGUGACCGCCGCCAUAAACCUCGUCACCAGAAGUUCUCACCGAGAAGUCAUCAGCUGCUCCUCCCCUCUCUGGAGCUGUCGAGUCACCUGCGGCGGUCCCUGAGCUGUCAUUCCGCUGCAGAUUCAUUCCUGCUGAUUGACCAAGAACCGGCCUUACCUAGGUGCUCUCACUACUCCAUUACGUUGACUUCUCAAUACUCCUGUUCCAGUGAGAAAAUAAUACAACCUAUAUUAUCUUCAUCAUUCCACUUGCUCCACCAUCGAAAUGUGUAGAUGGUUCGCCUAUAUAUCUCCCGAAGAGCCAUGUCUUCUGUCAGAUGUGCUCAUCAACCCUGCAAAUGCCAUUAGUAAACAAUGCUCCGAGCACUACCUGCCGCGUCUCCUUCCCCACAACCACGAGAAGGACCUUGACGAUAGCAAUGACGACUUAAUCCGAAUGCGCAACUCCCUCCUCAAUAUGGACGGAAUGGGAAUGGCUUGGUACAGCGACACCGCAGCCUCUUAUAUCAAGCAGAUUGAGGGCCCUCGACCAGCCCUGUAUAAGACACAAUCUCCUCCUAUUAACGACUUCAACUUCCGGUCUCUAUGCGACAAUACGGAGACCAAGUGUGUGUUUGCCCACAUUCGAGCGACCAGCGGCAGUGUCGUCACAGCAGUGAAUAACCACCCAUUUGUCUUUGGCCGACAUACCUUUAUGCACAAUGGUGUCGUCAGCGACUUCCAAACCAUUCGACGCGAUAUGUCAGAGAUGAUGUCCUUCGAUGCGUACUGCAACAUAUGGGGCACCACUGAUUCGGAGCACGUAGCCGCACUGUACAUGACCAACCUCACAAAUGGUGGAGGGAAAGACACAUGGCAAAUGAGCUAUCCAUUGCAAGACAUGCUCUCCGCGAUGAAGAAAACAGUCAUCCAAAUCAUAGAGCUGCAAGAGCGAAAACUCGGUUCAAAGCGCACACCAAACUCCUUCAACUUCUGCACUACAGACGGCAAAAAGAUGGUAGCUAUCCGAUUUCGGAACCAUGUCACACAGCAGCCCCCUUCGCUAUAUUGGUCCGAGUUUGCAGGUCGCACCCUCAAUACCAAGUAUCCGGGCAAUCCCGAUUCACCCGAUAUUGCGAAUGAGGCUGCGACGUUAACGGAGGAGGCAAGGAUCGGGAAGCACACGAUCAUUGCUAGUGAACCAACCACAUACGACGAGAAGGAGUGGCAGUUGAUUGGUGCCAAUUGUGCUCUCACUGUUGAUGAGAAGGGAAUUGAGACUGAGACCAAGUUUGACUAUGAUCCUAAGUGGAAUGCAAGAGAUCCGGCUUUUGAUAAGGAAGUGAAGGUUUUGGAACACUGAACGUAAAAAGGGUCGAAAAUGUGACUGACGGUGAAAUCCUGAACUAUAUCACCUCUCCUCAUUAGCUUGGAGAUUAACUAUACCGUGACUGGAUCCCUCAUCAGCGGACUGAACGUCUUCAUCGUCUCCUCACUCAACAACAUUCGGGAUGACGCUCUGGGUAUUACUUGGGACUGCUGGCUUCUACUUCCGGGUAUUAGGUUGAUGUAAUGGUUGGGAAUAGAGCAGGGUUUGCGUGUCAGUCAACAACAAAUGAGCCGUCCUCGAAUGAUUACCAUAAUGACCAUAACGACCACAAUUAUACACCUAUCUUGAGUCAACCGUGGCGAGGUCACGUCGAUUGCCCUGUGGGAAAGCGACUUGUUCACCGAGACCGAGUGAGGAGAAAUUCAGACGUAGAAUUGAGUUGAACUCAUUAUGUGAAAAACGCUCGAAUAUAAGC